CAUGGCGGCAGAGCCUGGGCGUUCGUGGACUCAGGCGCGCACUGCGUACGGAGUUAGAGAGGCGCUGAGGCGAGGUGUGAGCCGCCGACUGGACCCAGGCUCGCAGCCCAACGGGCCGGUCCCCGAAGAUGUCCGCGCCCCGGGCCGCCUGGCUCGCCUGCGUGGCCAGCUGCGGGGCGAGGCGGCGGGCCGGACCGAGGCGCCGCGGCUGAUGCGGGUGGUGGAACGCGCGGGCGCGCGAGCCGGGGCGGCGGGGACCAGCGAGAGGAGCGAGGCUCGCAGCGGCGGCUCGGUGUGCUCGGUGUGCGGAGAGCCGCGCGGCGGCGCCACCUACCCCGCGGGCGUCUUGGAGGUGAGCGAGCGGCGGCUGCAGGAGGGGCUGGCGGCCGUGCGUGCCGAGCUGGGCGCGGGGCUCGAGGCGCUGCGCGCGGAGCUGCGGACAGAGCUGGACGCCCUGCGCGCCUUGCUGCCACCGCCGCAGCCGCCGCCGCCGCCGCCGCCGCCGCCACCCGCCCGCCGUGAGCCCCGCGGUCCCGCCCUGCUGCGGGCGCUCGGCACGGUGAACGCGUUGGUUUCGGCCUCCAGGGCCGCGGAGAACGGUCCGGACGCUCCCGCGGACGGCCUGGCGAACCGAGCCGCUGCCCGGAAAAACUACAAGAAAACCCCAGUGCCUCCAGCGGCUGCGCAAGGCGGAGGAGAUUAAGGGGCUCCGGUGUCCCCAGAAGGGGGCAAAUUGGCUGAUGGACGGUCAUCCUACAGACUCCCCAGAUGCCGCCAAUGAGGCUCCAUUAUUUAAAUGGUGGGCGCCUGAGGCUGCGUAGAUGGCUUUGCGCUAUGGGUGAUCGCCACCCGGGACUGAGGCUGCGCUCGCUGUAGAGCCGCUUUUGGCCUUGAAGCUGGGGGAGAAUCUGGACCAGAGUGUUCCUGCCAUGGAGGAGCUGGCAGAACCGAGGGAUCUGCAGUCCGGAGGCAAAUGGUUGCACUUUCUUUUUCUUUAAAGUCCUAGGGGGCAGGCAGGACCUCCAUGCACUAGGAUAGUGUCAACUCUGCACUGUGUUAACAGACUUUAGGGACGUAGGGAGCUGAGACAGCGCAUGAACAGGACAUCAGUUUGCUAGCCACCUCCACGGUAGUGUCAUGUUGCCAGUAUCCCUUGGACUCAGCCCCGGACAGUUAUAAGGACACAGCCCUUCACUUAGCCCUCCCAACAGUCGUCAACACCAGCUUCUCUCUAGAAAAUAUUCCUCAGGGUAAUAAUUCCCCAGAGUGCCACCAGGCAUAGCACUUGCUGUCUGUCACCCAAACCAACCAACUCAGUGCCUUCUGCUGGAGCUGCUUUUUCUUAAGGACUGGCUUUGGAUCACCACCAGGGUCAUCGUUUUAAUGUGGCACAGUAACCCCCUUAAUUGGUUACCCAGCUUGUUUUUAAAAUAAAAUGUAAUUUCUGGUA